ACCGGUUUUAGACAGCUGGUGGGACUGCGGCCGGAGUCCCCAACUGGACACAUCAGGGACAAGGAGGACACCAGUUUAAGAAAGACCAUAUCUUGGAUUCCCCCUUUAUUUCAACCCAGCGCUUUGGGGAAUAGAGGGAUUUACAACUGAAUCACCAGAGGCGAAGUCUCCCGCUGCCACAGGAGUGGGAUAACCUUGAAACCAGGAAGGCCUUUCCGUGGCCGCACACAGUCGCGCGUUUCUCCCACCUAAAGGCGAGAACAUGCGGUUGGACAUCAAGCGUCAGCUCUUCGCCCGCUCGGAGCGGGUCAAGGGCAUUGACUUCCAUCCAACAGAGCCAUGGAUCCUGACUACAUUAUACAGCGGCCACGUCUACAUUUGGUCCUAUGAGACUCAGUCAAUUAUCAAGACAUUCGAGCUCACCGAUGUCCCUGUUCGAGCCGGUCGCUUUAUUGCCCGCAAGAAUUGGAUUGUUUGCGGUUCCGAUGACUUCCAACUUCGCGUCUACAACUAUAACACCUCGGAGAAGAUCACGUCGUUCGAAGCUCACCCGGAUUAUAUUCGUUCCAUUGCUGUCCACCCGACUCAACCCUUCGUCCUUACUGCCUCCGAUGACAUGACAAUCAAGCUCUGGGACUGGGAUAAGGGCUGGAAAUGCGUUCAGGUCUUUGAGGGCCAUAACCACUAUGUCAUGGGACUGGCUAUCAACCCCAAGGACACUAACACCUUUGCUUCUGCGUGUCUUGACCGCACAGUCAAGAUCUGGAGUCUGGGUUCUAGCCAUCCGAAUUUCACUCUCGAGGCGCACGAGACGAAGGGUGUGAACCAUGUCGACUAUUAUCCCCAGGCUGACAAGCCUUAUCUCCUGACCACAUCCGAUGACAAGACGGUCAAGGUAUGGGAUUAUACCACCAAAGCACUCAUUGCGACACUGGAGGGGCACACCAGCAAUGUCUCAUUCGCCUGUUACCACCCCGAGUUGCCGGUCAUCAUUUCCGGUUCCGAAGAUGGAACGAUCAAGAUCUGGCACGCCAACACAUACAGACUGGAGCAGUCGCUGAGUUACGGUCUCGAAAGAGCUUGGUGUGUCAGUUACCAGCGUGGCAAGCAGGCUAUUGCCAUGGGUUUCGAUGAUGGAGCCGUUGUGGUCAAGAUGGGUAGAGAAGAACCGGCUGUUUCUAUGGAUGGUUCUGGCAAGAUUGUCUGGGCCAGACACAACGAGGUUGUCUCGACAGUGAUCAAGGGUGCCGAUGCGUCGGUCAAAGACGGGUCUCCUCUUUCUCUCCCGACCAAGGAGCUGGGAUCAUGCGAAGUCUAUCCGCAGACGCUAUCGCACUCUCCCAACGGUCGAUUCGUCUCUGUUUGCGGGGACGGUGAAUACAUCAUCUAUACGGCCCUUGCAUGGCGCAACAAGGCUUUCGGACAGGCCUUGGAUUUCGCCUGGGGCGCCAAGGAUAACAGUAAUGACUAUGCCAUCCGAGAGUCGACGACCAGUGUCAAGAUCUUCAAGAACUUCAAGGAAAAGAGCGGAGGUCUGGAUGUUGGUUUCCAGGCUGAAGGUCUCACUGGAGGUGUACUACUCGGUGUCAAGGGCCAGAGCGGUAUCGGAAUGUUCGACUGGGAGACAGGCAACUUGGUGCGACGUAUUGAAGUUGACCCAAAGGAUGUCUACUGGUCUGAAUCUGGCGAGCUGGUCACGCUGGCUUGUGAAGAUACCUUCUAUGUGCUCCGCUUCUCGCGAGAGAACUACAUCAAUGGCUUGAACGCAGGCGAAGCCGACGAGGAUGGAGUGGAGUCAGCGUUUGAAGUGGUUACUGAUAUCAAUGAAACCGUUCGAACUGGAGAGUGGGUCGGUGACUGCUUCAUUUACACCAACUCGACCAACCGCCUCAACUACCUGGUCGGUGAUCAGACCUACACCAUCUCCCACUUUGACCAGCCCAUGUACCUUCUGGGCUACCUCCCUCGUGAUGGCCGCAUCUAUCUUUCUGACAAGGAUGUCAACGUUGUCUCUUUUGCCCUGUCGUUGUCAGUGGUCGAGUACCAGACUCUGGUACUCCGUGGAGACAUGGAUGCUGCUGCUGAGCUCCUGCCAGAUAUUCCAGCAGACCAGAUGAACAAGAUUGCCCGCUUCCUGGAGGGUCAAGGCUACAAGGAGAUGGCCUUGGAUGUGGCAACCGAUCCUGAGCACAGAUUCGAGCUUGCUCUGUCCCUCAACAAGCUGGACGUUGCUCUUGAGAUUGCCCGCGAGGCAGAUGUGGAGCAUAAAUGGAAAAUAGUCGGCGAUGCCGCUCUGUCCGCCUGGAACUUUGCCCUUGCAGAGGAGUGUUUCGAGAAGGCCAAGGACUUCGGCUCCCUAUUACUCCUCUACACUGCUAGCGCCAACGCAGAGGGCCUUCGAUCCGUAGCAGAGAAGGCAUCCGCUGCUAGUCUACACAACGUUGCGUUCUCCGCCCUUUGGGAGGCUAGAGAUAUUGAUGGUUGUAUUGAUAUUCUGGUCAAGACGAACCGCCUCACAGAGGCUGCUCUUUUCGCCCAGACAUACAAGCCCUCGCGUGCUCCGGCUCUGGUCGUCCAGUGGAAGAAAUCACUCGAGGCUUCGGGCAAGACAAAGAUCUCCCGCCUCAUUGGUGUUCCUCCGGGCGCCCCGGAGGAUGUUCAAACUGACGAUGACCUGUUCCCCGAGUGGGAUGAAUACCUGCGACUAGAGAAGGAAGGUCCCGCUCCUGAGCCCCCAUCGUCAGAGUCGCUUAUCGACGUGGAGGGCGAUGGUGCCCAGACUGCGGCUAAUGGAGAGCCCGAAGUCCAGACUACUGCCGAAGCUGAAGAGGAAGAGGAAGAGGAAGAGGAGGCAGAAGCAUGAAUCUAGAGCUUCAAAUCCACAACGCCAGCCCUCUCAACGCCGAGUCUAAGUCGCAUGACCAGACCACGACCAAGCUGGGGCCAACAAUCUGCUUCUCAUGUUGGAGGGGGGCAUUCUCACCCCGCCCCUUCCCUUGGCUGCUUCACUUCAGCUGUUUUUUUCUUUCUCUUUCUCUUUCUCUUCUUCCUCUCUUAAUCCUUUUCCCAGCACUUGGCGGUCUGUUUUGUUCAAUCGGAAUGGAAUCGUGUCGGAUCG